AUGGAUGUCUUGAACAACACCUCUUUUACCAAUGCCGUCACCGAUCGGCAGGAUGCCUCCACUUCCCCGUGGUACAUGGUAGCAUCAUGCGCAACCGUGAUACUGGUUUCGCUGUUCUUCAUGAGAGACCAAGGCACCAAGCUCCCGUACUUCAACCCGAAAAAGCCCUUCGAAUGGUCUUCUGCUCGAGUUGUGCAGGACUUCGUCAUCAACACCCGCGAGAAGCUCUACCUCUCAGCCAACAGUCUGUUGGGAAGGCCGUUCCGUGUGCUGGCUGAUGUUGGCGACUGCAUCAUUCUCCCUCCUGAAUUCGGUCAGGAGAUUCGCAAUGACAAGCGAUUCAGUUUCACAGAGGCUCUUUGCGAGGAUUUCCAAGGCCACUAUGCCGGAUUUGACCCGUACAAGGAGGCCUGCAACCCAGCUGAGAGACUUCAGAACGUUGUCAAGUUGAGAUUGACCAAGACUCUGGGAAAGAUUACGCCCAUCCUCGCCUCGGAGGCAGAAAUGAUCAUUCGAGAGACUCUGACUGAUUCUAAAGAACCCCAGGAGGUGGUCCUCAAGGAGGUCAUCCUCGACACUGUUGCUAGGCUUUCAGGUCGCAUCUUCUACGGUGAGCGUCUGGGCCGCAACAUGGACUGGCUACACACCGUCGUUGGCUACGUCGAAACGAGCGUGUUCGCCAUGCAAGACAUGCGCAUGUGGCCCGAAUUCACCCGUCACAUCGUCACUUGGUUUCUCCCCAGACCUCAAAAGCUCCGCGCGUACAUCAAGGAAGCAGAGAAAUUCGUCAACGAGGAGCGAAGACUCCGGAGCCAGGAGUCCCCGAAGGUUGAGUACAACGACGCCAUCGAGUGGUACGACGAGAUGGCCAACGGCCAGAAGUACAAGCCGACCCUUGGCCAGCUGAUGCUGGGAGCCGUCGCGAUCCACACCACGGCCGACCUCGUCGCCCAGGCCAUGUACGAUAUCAUGCAGCAUCCCGAACUGAUCCAGCCUUUGCGCGAGGAGAUCAUUCAGACCAUUAGCGAAGGAGGAUGGAAGAAGACCUCGCUCUACAACAUGAAGCUUAUGGAUAGCGUUUUGAAGGAGAGCCAGCGCCUGAAGCCAAACCAGAUUGUUGGAAUGACCCGCAAGGCCAAGGAAACCGUCAAACUCUCCGACGGAACUGUCAUUGCUCGUGGAAGCUCUGUCUUUGUCUCGGCUGAGCGCAUGUGGGAUGCCAAGGUCUACGAGAACCCCCUUGAGUUCGACGGCUACCGCUACUUCCGCGAACGCGGUGGCCCGAACGAUGCCGUCAGCCAGUUGGUGAGCACCAGUACCAGCCACAUGGGCUUUGGUCACGGUAUUCACGCCUGCCCUGGCCGCUUCUUCGCCGGCAACGAGGCCAAGGUGGUCAUGGCCCAUCUUCUUCUCAAGUACGACUUCGACUUCAUCCAAGGUCAGAAGCCGAAGUGUAUGGAAUACGGUUUCACUUGCGAGUCCGAUGGCUCCCUUAAGGUGAAGGUCCAGAGGCGACAGGAGGAGAUUGACUUGUCGGUCCAGGAGUACUGA